AUGGACAGAGAUAAUGUAAAGGAUGGUUCAAUCAAAGAGGACAGACCUUAUAAGAUCUUUUUCAGAGAUCUCUUUCUUUUCAAAGAAAAUGAAAUGGCAGCAAAGAAAAGGGAAAAACUUAUGAACCGUAACAUGAAAGUCUACCAGAAAACUACUUUUUCAUCCAGAGUGAAGAGUCGUUCAUACCUGAGCCAACUAGCUUUCUACCCUAAAAGAGGUGGUAGGUCAUUUGAAAAGUUUGGGCCAGGUCCUGCUCCGAUUUCUAGAUUAAUAGAAGAUCUAUGCCACUAUAUCCUGUUAAAUCAAAGAUGCCAUCAAUUCCUGACUGAAAGUUUCGGCUCGGAAGACAGUUUGGAAUUCCUUUUAGAUGAUGAAAUGGACUUUGAUUUGGAGCCAGCCCUUUAUUUCAAGGAACCAGAGGAGUUACUUCAAGUCCUCAGAGAGCUGGAAGAGCAGAAUCUUACUUUGUUUCAAUAUUCCCAAGAUGUAGAUGAAAAUCUUGAAGAGGUAAACAAAAGAGAAAAAGUUAUACAGGAUAAAACAAAUAGCAACAUAGAGUUUCUUUUGGAGCAAGAAGAAAUGCUUAAAGCUAAUUGUAUGAGAGAAGAGGAGAAAGCAGCAGAAUUGCAAUUAAGGUCCAGGCUCUUUAGCUUUGGAGAAUUUAAUUCAGACGCUCAGGAAAUACUGAUAGACUCACUUAGUAAAAAGAUUACUGAAGUAUACAAAGUCUGCAUUGGAGAUGCUGAGGAUGACGGCCUCAACCCAAUUCAAAAGCUGGUAAAAGUAGAGUCUCGCCUGGUAGAACUGUGUGACCUCAUCGAAUCCAUUCCCAAAGAAAAUGUGGAGGCAAUUGAGAGGAUGAAACAGAAAGAACGGCGGCAAAAGUUUCGUGAUGAGAAAAUGAAAGAAAAACAAAGACACCAAGAGGAAAGGCUAAAAGCUGCUCUGGAAAAAGCAGUAGCACAACCAAAGAAAAAGUUGGGAAGACGACUUGUCUAUCAUUCAAAACCUCCAUCUGCUAACAAACAGCAGCUACCUUUAGUCAAUGAAACAAAAACAAAAGCACAAGAAGAAGAAUAUUUUUUUACUUGA